CUUGGCAGUUUCCCGCACCCGCUUCGUCGACGACCACCACAUGCUCGCUGUCUAACCCGCUGUACUCGUCGUUUCCCCUCUUUCACGACCACACACUCCUUUGCUAUGGCUACUCGGUCAGCGACCAGAGUACGGUACAACGAGCCAGACGUCACUCCGCGCGUCCUCAACCCGGGAGCGGCAACCAUCCGUCGCGCGAAAACCCUCACUCGUCCGGAGCGCAAUGUCGCACCGGUACCCCUCAUCAAUCCCAAAUCCGCUCACCUUCCAGCCGGUGCAGCUGCUCCUGCUGCUGAAGAUGAGAGCCUCGACGCCUGGCGCAUAUUCUCCUUCAUCGUUACCUUCUGGGCGCCAAGUUCACUUCUACGUUCCAUCGGCGGACUCGACGACCGACACAAGGUCCAGGCAUGGCGCGAGAAGAUGGCUCUCUGCUUCAUCAUUGCGUGCCUCUGCGGAGUUGUUGGGUUCAUCACUGUCGGCGCGCAGAAGGUGCUCUGCCCGCAGAUCCAGCAACAGAGCACUGGCCGGUACGUGCGCAAGGGCAGCGUCGGCCUCGUUCUCGGCGUGCAGGGCUGGCAGAUGAACUUCACAUACCUGAGCGAGACGGCUGUCGAGGGACUCGGUGUCAACUUCACGCAACUGUUGCAGGAGCCCGGGCAGGACAUCACACCGUACUUCCAGCGGUCAGCGGCGGAUUACCCUGCCUGCAGCGGGCUCUCAUUCCGUGCGGCGGCGGAGAACCCGUGCACGACCGUGACACCGUGCCCACUGGGGGCGCUCAACUCGUCGUCGACAUUGGCGGGGAUCGGGGUGAUGAACACGUCGUUGAUUGUGGGAUACGACUGGGACCAGGUAGCGGCGUUGGAUAACUACAUGGUGCUGGACGGUGCGGUGCUCAACAUGAAUACGUACAUGAAGCUGCAUCCGAGCGCGAUCCCGUCCGACGCGCUGGACGCGGUGAUCCGGACGGUGCUGACCGCGCCGGGCGACUGGGGGCGGGACGGGACACGGCUCUUCUCCUACCACGCAGACGUUGCGAAGGCCAUGCCGUGCGUGAUCCAGCGGUACUAUGCAGGCAACAUCGACAAGAUUACGCCCGGUUGCCUGCUUUCCAACCUCAUCCUCUACGCCGGCCUCAUCGUCAUCCUCGGACUCGUGCUCAUUCGCUUCGCGAUGGCGUGCGUGUUCUCGUGGUUCGUCUCCGAACGACUGUGCAGCCCGCCCGACAGCAGGCAGCUCAUGCAGUCCGCCAUCAGCCCAGCUGUACUCCCGGAAGGCGCCAACAUCUCGGUCGACAACGUCACUGGCACGGCUCCCUGGGCUGGGUCGAAGAAGCUGGGUAAGCCGAGGGGCAAGGAUGUUCGCUCACUCACGUCCUCCGCGUCUACCCUCGUCAACGAAGCCGGCACCAUCCCUUCCACCAUGACUCUCGCGCAGAUAGGCGCCGAGCUCUUCGCUGUAUGCCUGGUCACGUGCUAUUCCGAGGGAGAGGAGUCCCUCCGUACGACGCUCGAUUCCAUCUCCACCACGACCUAUGCCGACUCGCGGAAGCUCCUGUUCGUCGUCGCUGAUGGGAUGAUCACUGGUGCAGGUGAAAAGCGGAGCACGCCUGACACUUGUGUGAGCCUGCUUGAGCCGGACCCCCGGUUUGGGAACCCGACACCGAUGAACUACAUUGCUGUCGGCGCUGGGGCAAAGGCGGAGAAUAGAGCAAUGGUGUAUGCAGGCCACUACACCGUCGCCGGGCGUCGAACGCCGACUGUGAUCAUAGUGAAAUGUGGUACCGAGGCCGAGGCCGCGACUGAGAAGAAGCCGGGCAACCGGGGCAAACGCGACAGCCAGCUGAUCCUCAUGAAUUUCUUCUCCCGCGUUACGUUUAACGAUCGGAUGACGCCUCUGGACUUCGAUCUAUUCCGGAAGAUACACGUCCUCAUGGGCGUCACGCCGGAUUACUUCGAGGUCUGCCUAAUGGUCGAUGCGGAUACAAAGGUCUUCCCUGACUCCCUUUCGUAUCUGGUCAAUUGCAUGCAUCAUGACAACAUGAUCAUGGGCGUCUGCGGGGAGACCCGUAUCGCCAACAAGCGACAGUCGUGGGUCACCGCAAUCCAGGUCUUUGAGUACUUCAUUUCGCAUCAUCUUGCCAAAGCGUUCGAGUCGGUGUUCGGCGGCGUUUCCUGUCUGCCGGGAUGCUUCUCCAUGUUCCGACUCAAAGCCCGUCGAGACACAGGCGACGAUUGGGUUCCACUCAUCACCAAGCCCGAGAUUGUGCAGCAGUACAGCCAGAGCGUAGUGAGCACGCUGCACCAGAAGAAUCUGCUCCUACUCGGCGAGGAUCGGUUCCUGACCACGAUCAUGUUCCGUACGUUCCCCAAUCGCAAGAUGAUCUUCCUACCCCAGGCCCGCUGCCGCACCAUCGUCCCGGACACGUUCUCUGUCCUGCUGUCCCAGCGCCGGCGGUGGAUUAACUCGACUAUUCACAACCUUAUGGAGCUCGUCCUCGUCCGGAAUACCUGCGGUACAUUCUGCUUUAGCACCCAGUUCGUCGUCUUCAUGGAUCUUCUCGGAACCGUCGUUCUCCCCAUCGCAAUCGCCCUCACGUACAUGCUCAUCGUCGGUAUGGCGCUGGCACCACCACAGUCGUUCGAGGAGGCCAUCCCACUCAUCCUGCUCAUCGCGGUCCUGGGUCUACCUGGUAUCUUGAUCAUGUUGACGACGAGGAAAGUGGUCUACGUCUUCUGGAUGAUGAUCUAUCUGCUCGCGCUGCCCGUGUGGAACUUCAUCCUACCCGUCUACGCUUUCUGGCAUUUCGACGACUUCUCAUGGGGUGAGACCAGAAAAGUCGAAGGGGAGGCCAAAGGUGAAGGCCACGACGCUGCAGGCCACGCAGCGUCUGGGUCUUCUGUGCCAUUGCGCCGAUGGGAAGACUGGGAACGCUCGCGACUGCGCAAGAUCCGUCGGGAGGAACGUCGGCGCAAGGACCUCGAACGGAUGCACGGGGCGUACAUGAGCGCCAAUGGCGAACUGACCGCCAGACAAGAGGUGUUCAGCCAGUACGAUGGUUCUGACACUGUCUCAGUCGCCUCGUCGGACGAGGACCAGUGGGGCGCACAAAUAGGCGGUUAUAACGAGAACAGCACAGCGUAUCCGCCACCGCCCACCAGCCUUCAACAACAUGCUUUCGCAAGCGCCGAGUCUAUUGCGGCCGCAGAUAUGCAAGCGAUGUUAGACGCAGGUUUCGAUGAGGAAUCGUCCCCACCACAAUCCCGAACGCCGUCACAAGCUCCUCGUUACCAGCUCUCCGAUGGACCUUCUCUCGACGUCAACGGGUACGCCCCCCUCUCCAGAUCCGGGUCGCCAGGUCCACCUCCUGGAGUCAGAGGUCAUGCGUUCUCACCAGUUUCGCCUGUCAGACCAAUAGGUGCCGUGAGCACGGCUGUCGACGGCGAGUGGCGGGGACACGCGAAGAAGCGGAGUGCCGGUCGCGCUGACAAUGGGGAAUACGGGCCAUUAGGGCCUCUGGAUCCGGGUGCAAGAAUAUGAAGACAGUGACUUAGUUGUUUAUAUUCUUCUUUGACAAUCUCAACGUUUCGGUUCAUCUGUAUUGGGGGCGUUCAUACCCAUUUGUCUUUGCCAUCAUAUCCCACUCGCUGCAACCCCCGUCACCUUACAAUACGUAGUCGGCCACGAGCCUCGUACAUACCUCUGUCUCGUGCAUCCAUACAUACCAUUCGCCCGUAAUGGGGUCACCUGCAUCUCUGUCCAACGGCUGUUGCAUUUUUGGAUGUCGCUUUACUUCCCUAAUCUACUGUGAAUAGCCAUAGACAUAGCGAGUAGGGAGUGGCAAUGUAUCAGAAAUUCCCACCUGUUC